AUUCCAGAUCAACAUAUUAACUAUCACCUGUGGUUUGCUUUUUGGUAGUCUGAGGCUGAACACUCUCUACACCAUCACAGUUACUGGAAAAGUUCAAAUGAUUGGAAUAUCUGCAAUUGGUUUUUCAAAACUAAGAACAUUGGAAAGAAUUACAAAGCUCAGUCUUACCGAAAAUCAGUAAGAGACUGAAGAAGCUCAGAUGCCAUGGGUUUGCUCUUGCUAUUAUGCCGUGCCAGCAUCAUCAGUGUACAUGGUGGUUUAUGAAGUAACAUAACCAGAAAAGAAAAAGGACAAGUCCCUGUUCCCAAGAUCAGAAAUUGCUGAAAAGACACAAGAAGCAAUGGAUUUAAAGGAACAUGCAAUUCAGCAUCAUAACCAGUCUUCUUCACAAGGAUGGCCUGCUACAUUUCUAGGAUGGCCUACUACUAUUCUAGGAUAUAUUCUUCCUGAUAUUUGUUCUGGGAUCCGUGGUCGCAUGAAGACUGUUUCAGAUAUUUCCCCCUGGAAAUUCAUGAUGUCCAAAAUGGAAACCAUUCAAAACCGUCCAGGCGAAAUAUUUCCUUUCAUAUUUAAAGGAAAUAUUCUUCCUGAUAUUUCUUCCAGGAUCCGUGGUCACUUAAAGACUGUUUCAAAUAUUCCCCCCUGGAAAUUCUUGAUGUCAACAAGGGAAACCAUUCAAAACCCUCUAGGCCAAAUAUUUCCUUUCAUAUCUAAAGGAAAUAUUUUCCCUGAUAUUUUUUCUGGGAUCCAUGGUCACAUGAAGAUUGUUUCAAAUAUUUCCCCACGGAAUUUCCUGAUGUCAACAAGGGAAACCAUUCAAAACCAUCUAGGCCAAAUAUUUCCUUUCGUUCCUAAAGAACAUCAGAAGCAAAUAGAAGAACUUCAAAAGCAAAUCGAGAAAUUACAAAAUCAGUUGGAAUUCUCAGAUGCCCGUUUCUACAGAGGUCUCGUCCACCUAAUUUUUAUUGAUAAUUUUAAUUCUAGUUGAAAGCUGUCAAUAUCCCAUCAAAUAAGUUUAUAUGGCUUUAGUCCGGAUGUUCUAUUAGAAAUGGGUUUCUCUCGUGCAAGACUGAUACUAAAGCAGUGGAUCUAUGAUAUGGAAAUGCAGAUUGAUCUAUCUUUAAUCUCCAAAGAAGUUUUUCUAGGAUUACAAAUGUAUAAUACUAAACCUGCGAACUACUUGGAUAAGAUUACGAUUACUAAGUAUCGCAGGAUGUUUACACUGGCUAGAUUUAAUGUGCUACCUUCAGCCAAACUAGAAGGUAAAUUUAAAAGGAUACCAAAAGAGCAGAGAUUAUGCCCUUGCGGUUCUGGAGAACAGGAGUCUAUUUUUCAUAUUCUACUCCGCUGCCUCUUUUAUAGGGAUUUUCGAUCUCGUUAUAUUUCUCCAUUACUGGAUGAUUUCCCAGCACAUACAGAUGUAUUCUACGUCAACUAUUUGCUCUCAGAUCAGAAGGAGGAAGUAACAAUUAAAGCUGCUAAGUUUUGUGAGGCAGCUAAGAAUGUUAGACAACAGAUGGUAAACCAGAUUAUGUAAACUGGAAACUGCUGAUUAGGAUGAGCUAAUACUGGAUCUUUGAACUUAUUAUUAUUAUUAUUAUUAUUAUUAUAUCAUAUGUAUAUUAUUAUGUAUGCUUUAAAUUUUGGUCUAUGACCGUAAAUAAACAUCAUGAUGAUGAUGAUGAUAUCCUGUGAAGUGUAACCCAAAUCUUUCUUGGUAAUCAUAUCUUGGAGCUACAUCAGUCCUCAAAAGACGCAGUACAGAUCAGGGGGAUGCCUCCUUUUAAUUGGAGUUGUGUUUCACUUACAAUCAAAACAGUAAGUGAAACUGGACCUUUUUCAUUCAGAAGAAAUAUGCUUUACAACAUAGGGAGAGGUAGUAUACUACCUUCAAAUCUAGUUUUUUCUUUUAAGGAAGACAUUCUGAAAGGGUGCAUUAUUGAAGGAUGGCUGGUGUGCUUUAUUGAGCUCUUAAACUGCAAUUUAAAAACAGACUCCAUGGAUGCUCUUCCACUUGAAUAGUAUCACGUGACUCAACAUCUAAAGAAUGGGAAAGUAAUGCAAGUAAAAUAAAUGUUCUUAAUGCCCCACAAAAUAGGGAUGAGAGGGAGGUGGUGUCACUGGCCAUUACUGGUGACAUGAAGAGUUUAAUGCUAAACUGCCAAAGCAGUAAAACUCUGUCUGUGUCUACGUAAGGCUUCAGGAGCAUGUCACAUAAGCACUUCCUCUAACAUUUUUAAAUAAGAAUUCCUGUGCACAUUAAUCCAUAUAGUAACUUCCUUCCCAGCAUUAGUCCCAGGGUGAUUUUUUAAAAAAAGGAAUACAGUUAGGAGUCAGGAGGGUUAAUGCUUCUCUCCAUCCAUAACAUGAUCCCGGUCCUGAUGCUUCCUUCCCCCAUAACUGCUGCUUACAAAGAAAAAUGUAAAUGUAGUAGCGGGCCAUGUUUUAGUAUGUGUAGUUUCCCACUCAAAUUUGAGAGCAAUCUAUAUUUUCUAUUAAUUGAUACACUGGAAGGUAUAUAAAAACCUGAGUGUAUUCCAUAAGAGGUGAUGCUGAAGAGAAUGCACACAGGAUGACUUCUGCGUCUUUUCAUUAAGACCUUUGCCUUGUCUUCUCUUUGCAGCUGAUAUUGUCUUGAACCCCAAGACAGCUCACCCAAGACUGGAAGUAUCUGAAGAUGGGAAAUGUGUGAGGGACACAGGAAUUGUUUCUAAGGUUUCAAAUAGUAAGGAGAGA